GGUCUACUCUCCACCCUUGUAACUUUGACCUUCUUUUCUGUCUCGGUAGAUGAUAUUUGGAUACCUUUUUUUUUUUUUGUUAGGGGGAGGGGAGCCUUUUUGUUUCCUUCGUCAUCUUUCCGCCUUCUGUUGCUGAUUCUGGGCAACUUUUUCUUGGCCAAACUUGGAACCGGGGAAACACGAGUCUCGGAUCAACCAGUCUCGACGACACAGGCAGGCAGGCAUGACGUCGCCGCCGGGACAGACGACGACGGUGCUACGCGCCGGCGACGUCGCCGAGCACGACAGCAGCUCCGCGUCCGCCACAGCGUCCUCCGCGGCGACGGCGGCGGAGCGCGGAGAGACGACCACGACCUCGGAGACGGACCUGGAGACGGAGGUGGAUGCCGAGAACGGCGGGGCAGUCACAGCCGGUGCCGCGCCCGGGUCGGCGCGCCUCGGCUUGGAGCCGGGCCUGACCGAGAAGGAGGUGGAGGCGGAGGCGUUGUUCGGUGCGGGCGGCGGCCAGCUGCCCGGCGAAGGAGUCCCGAUGCCGGGGCCGGGCCAGCUGUCGUCGGCUGGCAAGGAGGCGCCGGGAGAGCAGCAGCCGGCGUCGUCCUCCCCGCCGGCCCAGCAGCAACAGGGCACGCGCACGCAGCUGCAGACAACGCUGAUCAUCGUGUCGCUCGCGGCGGCGCUGUUCCUUUCGGCGCUGGACGUGACGAUCGUGACGGUGGCGAUCCCCACCAUCACGCAGCAGUUCGGCAGCACGGCGGGUUACACGUGGAUCGGCAGCGCGUACAUGCUCGCGACGGCGGCGUCGGCGCCGCUGUGGGGCAAGUUCUCGGAUAUUUGGGGCCGGAAGCCCGUGCUGCUGGUCGCUGUUGGGGUGUUCUGGGUGGGAUCGCUGCUCAGUGCUGUUAGUGUUGGGAUGACGAUGCUGAUUGCGGGGAGGGCGGUGCAGGGGGUGGGCGGAGGGGGGAUUGUUAUUUUGGUGUAUGUUUGUAUCAGUGAUCUGUUUAGCAUGCGGGACAGAGGUGUCUACUUCGGGAUCAUGGGCAUGGUCUGGGCCGUGGCUGGAGGCAUCGGCCCGAUCCUGGGAGGCGUGUUCACCGACAAGGUCUCCUGGAGGUGGUGCUUCUACGUCAACCUGCCCAUCUCGGGGGUGGGCAUGUUGAUCCUCGCCUUCGUGCUCAAGCUGCACAACCCGCGGACGCCCAUGCGCGAGGGCCUCGCGGCGGUGGAUUGGCUGGGCAUGAGCACCAUCGUCUGGGGCACGCUGAUGGUCCUCCUCGGGCUCGAGUUCGGCGGCGUGACCUUCCCGUGGAACUCGGCGACCGUCGUCUGUCUGAUCGUGUUCGGCCUCGUGGUGACGGGCAUCUUCGUCGUCAUCGAGUGGAAGGUGGCGGAGUACCCCGUCAUCCCGCUCCGGCUCUUCAAGGUCCCGUCCAACAUCGCGUCGCUCGCCGUCUCUGCCUGCCACGGCUUCGUCUUCAUCUCGGGCGGCUACUACCUGCCGCUGUACUUCCAGGCGGUGCUCGGGCUCUCGCCGCUCAUGUCGGGCGUCUACGUGCUCCCCUACACGCUGUCGCUGUCCAUCGUGUCGGCGGCGACGGGGGUCAUCAUCCGGCGGACAGGCAACUACCUGACGUCCAUCAUCUUCGGCAUGGCCAUGAUGACGCUCGGCUUCGGCCUCUUCAUCGACCUCGGCCCGCGCACCAACUGGGCCAAGCUGAUCCCCUUCCAGCUGAUCGCCGGCAUCGGCGUGGGGCCCAACUUCCAGUCGCCGCUCAUCAGCCUGCAGACCAUGGUCGAGCCGCGCGACAUGGCCUCGGCCACGGCGACUUUCAGCUUCAUCCGCCAGCUGUCGACGUCCAUCUCGGUCGUCGUCGGCGGCGUCGUCUUCCAGAACCGCAUGCAGGCCCAGCAGGCCGAGCUGCUGGCCCUCCUGGGCCCAGACAUCGCGCGCCUGCUGACGGGCGCCAACGCCGCCGCCAGCGUCGGCCUCGUCGCCAAGCUGCCGGGCCGCGAGGGCGAGAUCGCCCGCGGCGCGUACUGGAACAGCAUGAGGACCAUGCUCAUCAUGUACGCCGCCGUCGCGGGCCUGGGGCUCUUCAUCAGCUUCUUCGUCGGGUCGAGGAAGCUGAGCAAGGAGCACGAGGAGCACAAGACAGGGCUGAGGAGUAUGAAGCCCGCGGAUGGGACCGCCGGUAGGGCGGCGGCCGCCGGGGUGGACAGGGAUGGCGGUCCAGACGAGGAGAAGGCACUUGGGGAUGGUGAGGGGGGCGCGAGAAGCACCGGGAAGGACGGCGGAGGUUGAAACCUGCCUGGCGUGCGCGGAGCGGAGGUUUAGCAUGGGCAUGCGUCGUGUUUGGAUUGCAGGCCUCUUUUUCCUUUCCUCUGUGUUUGAACCAGCGUCUCCUCAUUCUCUGAUACCUAAUGUACGAGUUGUGUAUAGCAUUGUUGGAUAGAUAAUAUGUAGCACACUUUGCAUUGCAAGAGACCAUAAAUUCCUAACUUCCUAAC